AUGGCCACUCGCUUCCACCGAGCAGCUGCGGACGGCAACCUGGAAUUACUGAAAGAAGCCACCCGAAAGGACCUCAACACCGCCGAUGCGGAUGGCAUGACGCCCACACUCCUGGUGGCAUACCACGGCAACGUGGAAGCUCUGGAAAUCGCCUGCAGGCGGGGAGGUGAUCCCAACGUGUGUGACAUUUGGGGAAACACACCACUGCACCAUGCGGCCUCGAACGGCCACACCCCCUGCGUCUCCUUCCUGAUCAAUUUCGGCGCCAACGUUUUCGCCCUCGACAAUGACAUGCGCUCGCCCCUUGACGUGGCGGCCAGCCGGAGCCAGUAUCCAUGCGUCCAGAUCCUCGACAAGGCAGCCACUGAGCAGAACGCCAAAAGCCCCAAGCGCGUCGCUCGCCUGAAGGCCCAGGCCCAACGCGACGUCCCACGACAAAUCCGCCUGUGUGAAAAACGCCAAGAGAAGCACCAGCUUGAGAUGACCAAGCGGUUCCACAAAGGAUCUGUCCCGUUGGGCCACAGCUCCGCCACCAGGGCGAAAGUGUCUCACUUCUUCGCCACCGGUUCGCUCAGCGACGUCCCCAAACAGUUGAAGGACACCUUCAAACUGAAGACCAGGAAGAAAGAGGAGAAUGGCACAGCCGGCAGCCGUGGAGCAGAGAAGGAGGGCUUCGCGGAAGAAACUGCCGUGAUGGAUUCUGAGAAGGUAGAAGAUCUGAUGUGUGGCUUUCGAAAGAAGAUCGGCUUUUCGGAAGAAGCAGAAGAGGACUUGGGACAGAGGUCUAUUUUCAACCGCCCAGGUCUGGGCAACCUCGUCUUUAGAAGCCAGAAGACGGAGACCUUGCUUUCUGAGAAAGAAGACAGGGCCUUUCAAAUCCCGGAGCUCUUUCAUCUCAAGGAGACACUUGAUGGUUCAGACCAUGAGGAUGACCCUGACGUCUCCUGGAUGGAAGAAGCAGGUGGGUGGGAUGAGGACAAAGAAGAAGCCCCUCCCCUUGAAGUGUUCCUGGUCGCCUAUCAUCUCCACGACUUCCUCCCCAUCCUGAUGAGGGAGAACAUUGAUUUGGAAAGCCUGAUGCUUUGUUCCGAUGAAGAUCUGCAGAACAUCCAGAUGCAGCUGGGGCCUCGCAAGAAAGUUCUCCAUGCCAUCAGUAAAAGGAAGCUAGCUUUGGAAAAGCCAGGUUUGGUCAGGGACACCCGAUUAUAA